UUGAUCGAUAAAUCCGCGGUCACACUCACCAAUCGCACGUGUUGCAUUUAAAAAGAAUUGUUUUUCUCCUCAAAAAACACAAUUAAUUGACAACGCAAAGAUGGUUAAAGUACAAAAACCACAGCCAAAGUCGCUGAGCAAAAGCGCCAAUAUUGAGGGCGUGGCCAGGAAAAAGAAAACCACGGAAAAGGGCAAGUUGACCAAAGCAGCCGUUCUGGAAGUAGCGGUAAAAAAUGCGGCGCCGAAAAAACUAGAAGUCGUUGAAAAACCCAAAAAAGAACAGAAGAAGCCUGCUGGGAAAGAGAAACAGCAAAAGGCCACUAAGAGGCCGUUGGUAAUGGCUCCUCCAGAGUCGCCGGUUGCAUCGCCGGUCGUUGUAAAAAAGUCAAAGGGAAAGGCCGCUGCCGCCCCCAUUCCUGCGACUCCUGUCGCCAAAAAGCCGCUGAUUUUGGCGCCAUCUCCUUCGCCCGCUAAACCAGCGACUGCCAAAAAGGAAAAGAAAGGCAAACUGGCUCCUGUUGAGGCUCCUAGAAAGGUGGCCAAGAAAUCAGUUGUAGAGGAAGCACCUGCAAAGAAGCAAGCACCUUCUAAGAAGGCUGCUGUGUCUGCAUCUGCAGCCAGUGCGAAGAAAUCAGGCAAUAAAGCGGAUUCAGCUCCAGCAAAGAAGGCAGUAGAAACACCAGCUCUAGCUCCGACUGCAGCGAAGAAAGAUAACAAGAAAGCAGCUCCAGCUAAGAAAACACCGGCAGCUCCUGCCAAGCAAACACCUGAGGUUCCAGUCAAGAAAACAUCUGAAGCUCCAGCCAAGAAAGCAGAGCCAGCCAAAAAAGUUGCAGCAGCAAAGAAAGCAGUGGAGUCACCGGUCAAGGCAGCAGCUCCUGCCAAGAAAGCAGCUCCAGCCAAGAAAAUCUUGGACUCUCCAGUCAAGACAGCAGCUCCAGCCAAGAAAGUAGCUCCAGCCAAGAAAGUAGCUUCAGCCAAGAAGGCAGCUCCUGGCAAGAAACCAGUUGAAGCUCCAGCUAAAAAGUCUGACAAGGUAGCCAAACAAACAGCACAGGUUGUGUCUGAAGUAGCUGAAGCCAAACCAGCAGCAGCAUCGCUGCAGAAGAAGACGAAGCCAGUCAAAAAACUCUACAAGCCAGACAAGUCGCCGAAAAGUAAGAAGGCAGCCAAGAAGAAUGUGGAAGGAACAAAGGGAAAGUCCAACAAAAAGGUCAAGAAGUCCAAGAAGCCGCCCGUCAAGUUGCAGUUCGAGGUGAAGCCCUUCGAUGAGCAAAAGUUCCAUGAUAUUGUCUCCGAAUCUAAUGUGCUGAAGGUGUGCCAGGCCCUCAAGACCCAAGCGGCCGAAGAGGUGGCCAAGAAGAAGUCAACAUCGAUCUUCAGCGACUACCGCUACACACUGCAAGUGUGCAGCUACAAGAUACCCAGCUGCCCCAAGCGUGUGGUCAAGCUGGGACUGAAGCACUCCCUUGUGGGCAGCGACGAUGAUGUGGCCAUCAUUGUGACUGACUUGCAGCGUGGUGCCAAGUUUGAUUUUGAGCCCACCAAGGCCCACUACGAGGAUCUGUUCCGGGAGAUUGGCAUCGAGCAGCGUCUGACUGUGGUGCCAUUCAAUCAGCUGCGCAACGAUGUGAACAGCUUUGAGGCCAAGCGCAAGUUCCUCAACACCUAUGACUACUUUAUGUGCGACGGCAAGUUAUCGGGACAGGCCAGUUCGUAUCUGGGCAAGUUUACCCAGAAGCCGCGCAAUGUUCUGCAUCCGGUGCGUCUAAGCAAGGACAAUGCACAGCUGCAGAAGGAGAUAUCGCGUGCUCUGUGCCGCACUGCCUUCAGGCAACUCAGCAAGGGUGAUCUCACCUCCGUACCCGUGGGCAACCACGAGCACAGUGCCGAGCAGCUGGCGGAGAAUAUUCUGCUGGUGACAAAGCAACUGGAGACUGUCUUUCCUGGGGGCCUGGCCAACAUUCGUUCGCUGUAUGUCAAAAUCGAUAUUGUCGGCACCUCGGCCCUGCCCCUGUACAUCAGCAUGUGUGCCGCACCAGCGGACACUCCGUAUGUGGUCGGACCACGUGAGCAGCGCAUGCUGAAGCUGAAGAAGCAGGCCAAUGAGGUGCUGUCUCGUUUUGCCCUUACCAAGGAUGCCGAGUUCGUAAAGUUGACUUGGCAACAGGUGAAGCGCAAGGCAGAGAUUCGCGAAGAGAAAGCGGCUCUCUUGGCAGCCGAUGCGAAUGGUACUGCCGCUCCUUCUAAGGACAACGAUGGUGAGGACACUGCUGUGCCCACAAAGAAGGCUCGCAAAGAGUCGACGAGCGAGGCGGCCAAGAAUGAGGCUGAAUCGGAUGAAGAUGAAGUUGAGGAGGAUGAUGAGAAUGAGCAUGCUGAAGGUGACGACAACGACGACGAUGAGGAAGAUGAGAAUGAUGAAGAUGAUGACGACGACGACGAUGAAGAUGAUGAUGAUAAUGAGAGUGAGGAGGACGAUGAAGAUGAUGACGACGACGAUGAUGAUGAGUAAACGUGCCCUCGUGGCAAAUUUACUUUCCUUUAGUCGUAAUGCUUGGAUACCCACCCCCUCCCAGCCAACAAUUUCUACUCAAUUUUCGUAUUGAAAAUGUUUGGAACAGUUUUAAGGAAUAAACGAAUUGUUUUUAAGAUAACCAAUUUAGGUGCCACUAA